CUGUGCAGUAUUGUAGGAAACCAAUUCCUACGGCUUUGUUCUGCUACCUCUCUAACAUCUCUUCGGGUAAUCUGAUUAGUGAUCGUUCCAAUCACAUACGAUGGCUCAAUCGAAGAUCACGCUGUAUGUCGACAUCGUGUCGCCGUUCGCGUACAUCGCUUUCUACGUUCUCAAGAACUCCCCAGCAUUUAAGCAAUGCGACAUCAAAUACGUACCCAUCCUUCUGGGUGGCUUGAUGAACACCUGUGGAAACACGCCUCCCAUUGCCAUAAAGAACAAGGACAAAUGGAUCAAUACCGAGCGCGUACGAUGGGCAAAGUACUUCAACAUCCCCAUCUCCGCGAACGCACCCCCAGGUUUUCCAGUCAAUACUCUACCCAUCCAACGCGCUCUGGCUUCGCUGUCCAUCUCGCACCCCCAGUCUGUUGAAAGUGCCAUCUCCUUGUUCUACGAGAACACAUGGGUCCAGUGGGGCGAGCCCACCAAGCCAGAGAACAUCCUCGCCAUCCUGCGGACGGUUGUGGGAAGCGAUGAGGAAGCGAGGAAGGUGCUCGAACGUACGAAGACGGAUGAAGUGAAGAAGGUGCUUACACAGAACACGGAGAAGGCGUUCAAGGACGGAGCGUUUGGACUGCCCUACUUUGUUGCUACGAAUUCGAAGGGCGAGAUGGAGGGCUUUUGGGGCGUCGAUCAUCUUGGACAACUCACUGAUUUCCUCGGGCUUGACAGACCAAGUGGGAGGGGCUGGAAGGCACUACUUUGAACGACAGUGCUUGGACAAUGCGAUUGUUUACCAUACUAACGUCCCUUCUCCACCCCACUUGAGGUGAUACGAAGGGUCUGGUGACUUGUGACUGCUGUACUUGAGACUCUUCGUUAGCACUAAGAAAAGACACGCAUGCAUCGGUUUGACACUAUGUAUGUACAUCUGGCCACGCGAGCUACAAGUCUCAAACUACUAUAGCGUACAAGGGUGUUUGGACCUAUGGAUACAUGGACAGAUCCACAAGGUAACCGACAACAGAGACCAGACAGACGGGACAAAUCGGUAGCCA